GGCCGUGGUGACGUCAGGCAGGCGCCGCGGCGGGAAGUUCGGAAGGGCCGCGGUGCCAGCGCCGCCAUCCCCGUCCCGGUGCCGCUCCCGGAGCCGCUGGCUCUGGUGCACCCUGACGGUUUCCCUGGCUCUCAGAUGUGGAUAUUUGUGAAAUAAUCUGUUGGAUGUCUGUGUUGCCAAAGCAAUGGCCUCUCAAGAAUUCACUGUGUUAUACACUCACCAAAAGAUGAAAAAAUCAAAAACGUGGCAAGAUGGAAUUCUGAGGGUUAGAACUGGCAGAAAUCAGGCUACCUUGUUUGAUGAUAAAGGACAAUGUCUGGAGAGUAUUUUUAUAAAAUCUCAGGUGACUCCUGGAGAUGAUUUGGAAAGUGAGCGAUAUUUAAUCACAGUUGAAGCAGCCAAAGUGAGUGAAAAGCCCUCUGAGGAGCAGCCAAAGCAGGCAGAAACUCCAGCAGUGGACAGAAACGGUGUCAAACCUACUGUUCUACCCCCAAGACAUCUCCCUGUUGGCUUGAAAAGGAAGUUUACGGGUUUCCGAGGGCCACGCCAAGUUGAGAAGAAGACACCAGCUGUGGAAGAUGAAGGAAAAGCAGCAGUGCUGCCUUCAUCUAAGGAGUGCCAAGGGAGUUUUCCAUCCCAGUUUUAUAGCAGCUCGCCAUUGUUUUCCACGGUUUGCAGGAAGGAUGCAGGAAGAAGCCCCUCUGCAGGCUGUCAGGAAGAGGGGUGCAGGGACAAUGGCAGAGAGCAAAUGUCUGUGUCCUCCCUGCUUUCAGCUCCCUUCAGUGGCAGCUGGGAGGGGACAGAGAGGCAGAACUGCCAUCAGUUGGCUGGGAAGCAGGAACCUCCUCUCCUCACUGGGUGCACUGGUGCCGGGGCAGUGUCCCACCACAUCAGGAGCACAGCACAGAUCAUUGCUCUGCUCAACUCUAAACCAGCACAAGGACACAGGGAGCCAACAUCUGGAGCCACAAGCUGCCUUUCCAGGGUUCAGGCAGCACAAAAUACAGGUUCAUGUGACAAAAAAAGCCCUGCUCUACCUGCUCUUUUAGGUGACCCUGGUAAAGGACUGGUUCCAGAUACUCAGCACCUGCCUUUUGUGCAGGGAAAUGUACAUGAUGCAAAGGACUGGAAUGUUCUAAAUUCACUUCCAAAUUCAGCUGAACAGCCUUGUGGUGAAGAAGUCACAGGACACAGUCAAGACAAAAAGCCCAACUGUGUGGACAAUUUCUUACAGAAGACAGAGGCAUAUAUUGUACCAAUAGCAGCAGCCCAAAGGGACCCUGGGCCAUCUCACUGGCAACCAAAGCCUGUUGCCUUCCAAGGGUACCAAGUGAAAGGAUCAGCAGCUAGUGAGGUGAUGCUGAGAGCUCCAUGCUCCCAGCAGGGAUGGCAGCAGCACCCAGAGAACGUGGACUUUGCAGCUGAGAUGUUUUUCUCACCCCUCUUUUCAAGGAAUUAUGACCUUUAUGACUUGAGACAGUCUCCAGGUUCCAGGAGCCUUCUUAAGGAUGAUGUUGACAUUAUCAGAGAAGGGAAUUUUCAAAUGAAGCCUGAUGUUAUUGAAGAGCCAGGAAUAAACCAGUCCUCACUGGCAUUGGAUGUGCAGCCUGAAGUGCCACCCUGGACAGUGUCACACCCACCCUCUGGCCUGAGACAAGCACAGUGGCCUGCCUGGGAGCCUGGCAAGGUUUCACCAGAACUGACUUCCCCACUUGAUCCAGACUGUACAAUUUUUCCACCUUGGGGAAAUGAGGAGCCUGUUGGAGACAUCCAGGAGCCCCUGACACAUGGGACCUUACCAAGUGAACCACAACUCCCAGAUUUCCUUUUCACCCAGGAGAAAUCCAGCCAUCCACAGGAAUGCAGCCUGCCAGCACGGAAGCCCACGAUGAAAACACGAGCUCCCUUUGUCACUGUUCCUGCCACCCACGAGAUUCCUGCCGUGUUUUACCCCACUGAGAGUGAGGAGCUCCAGCAGUCUUUGGGCUCUCCAAGAGGCCAUUUGUGCAGCCAGUCAGUGGCAUUUCCUAGGAGUGCUCUGGGCCCCCAGGACAGGAAUGAUGACACCUCCGUGUUUGGGGAGUACACGGAAGAUGGACAAAGGGGAGCUGUGCCACCAGUGCUCCCUAAUGUGACUGCCCAAGCCAGACAAAGCAAGUGGCUGAAGUAUCAAAGCAGUGCCCAGAGCGAUUUGAUCCCUGAAAACAGCACUGAAGGGGAAGAGCAGGAUGACAUCUGUGCCCGGAGCGUCCUGGGAAUGCUGCCGGGUGACCCAGCAGAGGGCAGAGCCACCGAUCCGAGUGCUCCCAGCCCUGGACCGCCGCUGCCCGCCGGGAGCUGGCCAGGGGAGAGCUCCGGGGCUGCAAAGAGCAGCCAGGCAGAUCCAGUUUCACAGGGGAACGUGCUCUCCCUGCACUUAAGGCAGGCGCCUUUGGCUGCGGCCACACAAAAGGUGUUGAGUCACCUGAGCUGCCACGGCGGAACGGGAGAGGGCCAGGACAUAACAAUUUCUGAGCUGUCUUUUCCUCCUGCGGACAAAGUGAAACACGCCAAUCUUCCUAAAAGAAAGAUUUCCAUCCCAGCUGUGUUCCAGUCUCACACUCACUACAAACAGGUUUUUAAAGCUGCUCUGAUAGAGCAAUUGAACAUAAUGCUGUUUGAGUUGGCACAGAGGCUGCACAAUGCCCUCUCCAGGGUGGAUAUAUCCUUUUACACUGCAGUGAAAGAUGGGCAAAGCCAGAGCCAAGGAAGCUGUGCCCCACUCUGCAACCACAUGCACCCUGCUAAGCUGGUGAUGGUUAAAAAAGAAGGUCAAAACAAGGGUCGUUUAUUCUAUGCCUGUGAUGCCCCAAAAGCUGAGCAGUGCUCCUUUUUCAAGUGGGUUGAAGAUGUGAACCCCACACAGACAAAAUCCAGACCCAGUGCAGUGCUCCACGACACAAAAAGUAUUGGGACAUACCUCAGGAGUCAAAAGAUUGCUGUCUAUGAGGAAUGCCAGCUUUUGGUGAGGAAAGCCUUUGAAAUUCCAACACAGCGGUACAGUAAGUUCAAGAAAUUUAUGAAUACACCUGCCAGCUGUGAUGGUGACUCCAAAUCCAAAUUAUACCUGAAGCUAAGCAGAAAGGAGCAUUCUUCUCUCUACAGCAAAGAUGACAUCUGGGUUGUGUCCAAGACUCUGACCUUUGAUCCCAUCGAUACUUUCAUUGCAAGCAGUGCUUUCUUUGGACCAUCCUCCAACAAUGAAAUAGAAUUGCUACCACUGAAAGGCUACAGUCCCUCCAACUGGAGAUCCAACAUGUGUGUUCAUGCCUUGCUGGUUUGUAAUGCCAGUGGUGAGCUGGCCUCCUUAAGGAACAUGGAGGAGCACUUCAAUCCAUCCACGUUACCACUGAUCCCAUAUCUCCUGAAAAUGAAUUUUAAUUCUGAAAAUACUACAAAAAGAGUGAACAAAAGGAAAUUCACUCCACCUGCCAUGACUGUGAAGUGCUCCAUGAUGUCUGGCCCUGUGAGCUCUGAGGUGGCAAUGGGAGUGGCUGAAGAGAUGAUCCAGAGGUUCUCCCUGAACCCAGACCAAGCAGCAUCGCUGAUUCACGUGGCUCAGAUGAUGACCUGUGAAAAGCCCAAAGCAGGGGAGGAACACCAGAGCUUCCCCAUCACCAUCAUACGUGGUGUUUUUGGAGCUGGCAAGAGCUACUUGCUGUCUGUGGUGAUCUUGUUCCUCGUGCAGCUCUUUGAAAGCAGUGAAGCUACAGAGGGUCCGAGGGCAACUCCUUGGAAACUCCUCAUUGCUUCUUCCACCAACGUUGCUGUGGACAGGAUACUGCUGGGUCUGCUCGAUCUUGGAUUUGAGGAUUUUAUAAGAGUGGGAAGUGUAAGGAAAAUCACGAAAGCAAUUCUUCCCCAUAGUUUACAUGCAGGCUCAGGAAAUGAAAACGAGCAGCUGAAAGAGCUGCUUGCUCUCUUGAAAGAAGAUCUGACUCCAGCUGAGAAAAUGUAUGUCAGGAAGAGCAUUGAGCAGCAUAAACUGGGGACCAACAAAACUAUUCUGCAACAGGUGAAAGUGGUUGGAGCAACGUGUGCUGCCUGCCCCUUUCCCUGCCUGAACACGCUCAGGUUUCCUGUGGUGGUGCUGGAUGAGUGCAGCCAGAUGACUGAGCCUGCCUCCCUGCUCCCCAUCGCCAGGUUUCAGUGUGAAAAGCUUGUCCUUGUUGGAGACCCCAAGCAGCUGCCACCAACUAUUCAGGGGUCUGAGAGUGUUCACGAGCAGGGAUUGGAGCAGACUCUCUUUGACCGGCUCUGCAUAAUGGGACAUGACCCCAUUCUCCUCCGGACGCAGUACCGCUGUCACCCUGCCCUGAGUGCCAUUGCCAACGAGCUCUUCUACAGCGGGCACCUCAUGGAUGGCACCUCUGAGCGGGACAGGGCUCCUCUGCUGCCGUGGCUGCCAACACUCUGCUUUUACAGCGUCCACGGCAUGGAGCAGAUGGAAAGAGACAACAGCUUUUACAAUAUGGCAGAAGCUCAUUUUACAGUCAAGCUCAUCCAGUCUCUGAUUGCAAGUGGAAUAGAAGGAGCUGAUAUUGGCGUGAUUACCCUUUAUAAAUCACAAAUGUAUAAGAUCCAGAAUUUGCUCAGUGGGGUUCACUCCGAGGCUUUUGAAGUCAAGCCCGUGCAGGUGUCCACGGUGGAUGCGUUCCAGGGUGCUGAGAGGGAAAUCAUUGUGCUGUCCUGUGUCAGGACCAGGCACUUUGGGUUCAUAGACUCGGAGAGGAGGAUGAACGUGGCACUAACGAGGGCCAGGAGGCACCUGCUGAUUGUGGGGAGUCUGCCCUGUCUGAGCAGGAACAGGCUGUGGGGGAGAGUAAUUCACCACUGCAGAGGAUGGGAAAAUGGCUUGCAACAUGCAAGCCAGUGUGAGCAGCAGCUAAAUGACAUUCUCAAGUCUUACUUGGAGAACUGGGAGGAAGAAGAACAGCGCAAGAAAAAGGCUAAUCAAUAAAAAUAAAAUAUUUAUUGAUUUUAUGAACAAAAUAUUAACUUCUUGUCUAUAGCAAUAGCUCUGGCAAUUUGUAACCUAGUAUUUAUUUAAUGUGGGGCAUUUUUGUUUGUACCUCAGUGCACUGAUACUUCUGUUUGACCUUGUGAU